AUGGCACCAUCCGCCAUAGAACCAGAAAUCUCGACCGAGAGGAUUCCAAUCAAACCAUGGAGUCGUCCAGCACCCACCAAAGAGGAGCUUGACUGGGCACCGCUUGUCGAAAUCGAUCUAUCUCGUUUCGAUGAACCCGGCGGCAAAGAAGCGCUCGCCAAACAACUAUACGAUGCUGUGACACGAGUCGGGUUUUGGGUUGUUACUGGCCACGGACUCAGUGAGGAACGUGUUCUUCGCCAAUUUAGCAUCGGUAAUGCAUUUUUCAAAGAACCGCUUGAGGAAAAACGGAGUUUUGCUUGCAAUUUUGCCGAGGGCGAAUACUUCGGGUACCGUGAGAAUGAGAGGUGGAUUGGAGACACGGGGGUGAAGGAUAAUGUAGAGAUGCUCAAUAUCCCCAAAGCAAUCCCUGUAUGGGAUGAUCUUCCCAGACACAGGCUUGUCCGACAAAACUACGAUGAGAUCGCGACCUUCCAUCGUGAUCUUUUCGACAAUGUUAUUCGAAAAUUGUUCGUUUUAUUGGCUAUUAUUCUGGAAUUGCCGGAAGACUACUUAGUAAACGCCCAUGCCUACGAUAAGCGUUCUGACGACCACUUGCGAUACAUGAUCUACAACACUCGCACCCAAGAGGAGUGGGACAAAGCUCAAGCCGUGACUACGGGCGGUCAUACGGACUUUGGCAGCUUGACACUGCUAUUUUCGCAGCAUAUUGCUGGUUUGCAGAUUCGGACACCGGAAGGUGAAUGGAAAUGGGUCAAGCCUGUAGAUGGUGGUAUUACUUGCAAUGCUGCUGAUACAUUGUCUUUCCUAACUAAUGGAUUUGUAAAAUCUACAAUCCAUCGCGUUGUUACGCCUCCCAAAGAUCAAAUUCACACUCCACGCCUUGGGCUAUUGUACUUUGCUAGACCUGGAGAUGAAACAGUUAUGCGCACCGUUCCAUCUCCUUUGCUUGAGCGUCUUGGUCUACUCACCGAAGAAGACAAAAACCCAAGUCAGCCUGCACCUACAGGUACUGAAUAUGUUCGGGCUCGAGUUCGUGAUGUGCACCAUAGGAAGGUAAUUGAUCGCCGAGAGAAUACUUCCUUUGAGUUCAAGGGACUGAAGGUACCCAACUAUUACAAGUAG